AUCAGAUCCCUGUUCUGGUUUGCUCGAAUUUGAUCACAGUAGCUGAUUUCAUGCAUUGAUAAUGAAGGCUUAGGUCGCUCGGCGAAAAUCCACCUCAGACUUCCCAGCGUGACGAUUCCCCCUCACGUCGUCCUGAAGCUAGAGAGCUGAAACUGCUCGGCUUUCUCUCCAAAUGACUCAGAGUUGUGUUUGUCCUUCCCGAAAAUGUUGCCAGUGUGUAAAGGAUUUUCAACGAGCGAUGCAAUAAGCCAGCAUCUGGGGAGGUUGGAGGCUGCGCUGAUAUAACACGCUGUCCUGUCACACAGUGGAUCAGGGCUGGAGUCAGACCUCUCGCUCUGCACCUCAUCUCAGUGACACCCUGGAAGUUUUGUUUAUCCAACGUGACUGCUGUCAAGUCGGGGAGGUAGUGUUGCCCGUCAUGUGGAGUGGACUGUCCAGUAGAGGCAGUACUACAUGCCACACUCCGGCCCUGCCUGCUCUCGUGCGUACCCCUACCCUGAUGAUGCAACCUUCGCUGGAUAUCAAACCGUUCAUGUCCUUCCCAGUGGACAGUAGUUCUGCUGUUGGGCUCUUUCCCAAUUUCAACACAAAAAGAAGAGGCUUGUUUGGGACCAAUAAAUUCUGCCAGAUGGAUCCUGUGCAAAAAGCAGUUAUAAACCACACAUUUGGAGUGUCCAUUCCCCCCAAGAAGAAGCAAGUUAUUUCUUGUAAUGUAUGUCAGCUUCGCUUUAACUCUGAUAGCCAGGCCGAGGCCCACUACAAAGGAAGUAAACAUGCCAAGAAGGUCAAAGCUCUAGAGGCAACGAAAAGUAAACCAAAAAUGGGUUCUUCCAAGGACAGCACAAAGGCUAAUCUCAGCUGCUCCAUUCCUCCCAUCACGGGCAACAGCUCUGACAAAUCAGACGAUAAAGAAAAAUCAAAAACCGAUAGCAGCAGUCAACCUUCUGCUAUCGAAAGGGGCCCUUUCGUAGCUAAACUGGGAAACACCCCUUCAGUCCUAGGAAUGGCAACAUCUCUCUCCCAGAGCCCAAAUGGCUUGCCCAGUUCGAUUUCUGAAUCCGAAGAGGAAAAAGCCAAAAAGUUGCUUUAUUGUUCGCUAUGCAAAGUGGCUGUGAACUCCUUAUCCCAGCUAGAGGCUCAUAACACAGGGUCCAAACACAAGACAAUGGUCGAAGCCCGGAAUGGAGCCGGUCCAAUCAAGUCCUACCCGAGGCCAGGCUCCAGGUUAAAGAUCCAGAAUGGCAGUAAGGGCUCGGGAUUGCAGAACAAAACAUUUCAUUGUGAAAUCUGUGACGUCCACGUGAAUUCGGAAAUUCAGCUGAAACAGCACAUCUCCAGCAGGAGACACAAGGAUCGGGUAGCAGGGAAGCCAACGAAGCCCAAGUACAGCCCGUACAACAAACUUCAGCGCAGCCCAAGCAUUUUAGCGGCAAAGCUGGCAUUCCAGAAAGAUCUGAUCAAGCCUUUGGCUCCCGCUUUCCUCUCAUCUCCCCUGGCCGCAGCCGCGGCCGUGACCACGGCCCUCUCUCUGCCUCCUCGGCCUUCCGCUUCCUUAUUCCAGGCCACGACCAUCCCACCGGCCGUCCUGAGGCCAGGCCCCGGGCCCAUCCGAGCGACUCCCGCCUCCAUCUUGUUCGCUCCGUAUUAAGGCGGCGAACGCUCACGUACCGGCGGCAGGUAGGGAGGGGAGAGUGGAAGCAAAAGGGAGUUCAAUCGUGUACUUUCUUUCUUUCUUUCUUUUAGACGCCAUUCGGGAUGGCCCUUCCUCAGAAACACACUACAGGGUCGCGUGUGGUCACGGGCCGGUACCAGUGCUUAAUCUGUUCUUGGGUGAGGAGUCAGGCUGCCGAGUGUCUGAGCCGACAUCCUCGUCAUCUUCCCAGUGAAUUGGUGUAGGGAGUGGAGAAAGAAGCAGCGUGGCCUAGCAGAAGGAGCACAGGCCUGGGAUUCAGAGGACUGGGUUUUAAUCACAGCUCCACCACUUGCCUGCUGUGUGACCUUGGGCAAGUCACUUCACUUCUCUGAGCCGUGGUUACCUUAUCCGCGAAAUGGGGAUUGUGGCAGUGAGCCCCAUCUGGGACAUGGAGGCCUCCAACCUGAUUAGCUUGUGUCUAUCCCAGCACUUAGUACAGUGCCUAGAACAUUUUAAGGGUUUAAAUAACGUUCAAAGAGAGACAGUGGAUGGGGAGGUAAAAAUAAACCUCUUAGUACUGCUACUACUACUACCUAAUAAUAAUAAUACACCUCUAACUCCUGGACCAAGUGCUGUAAUUCCAGACUGCCAGAGAGGAUACGUUGGCCUUGUUUUCCAUCUAUCCCUUGGCUCUGCUCACAGGUUCCGGGAUCUGUUUUAUACACAACAUGAGAUUUAUUAAGUGCUUACUAUGUGCCAGGCAGUGUACUAAGCCCCGGGGGAGAUACAAGCUAAUGAGGUU